CACGCCUCUGCUGCGGGCUCUCCCCUGAGCAACCAUGGCGGACCAGGAGGUGACGGAGCAGCGAGCUCCUGAAGUGGAGACCCUUCAAAACGGAGACGCACACGGCCCGAAAGAAGACGGAGAACAUGUCGACGAUGCGUCGAAGAAGAAGAGAAAGAAGAAGAGGAAAGGCAAAGCGUUGGUCGAAGGAAGUAAUGGAGAUGGAGAGUCUGACAUCAACAAAGUGACAAAACAAUUGGAGAAGCAGGCCUUGGAUGAUCAAGAAAAGGAGGAAGAUGGUGAGGAUGAAGGUGAAGAAGGGGAUUCUGUUGGAAAGAAGAAGAAGAAAAAGAAGAAAAGAAACAAAGGGCCCAAAAUGCAAACAGAUACUCCAUCGAUUCCCAUCUGUGAACUCUAUCCAAAUGGAAUUUUCCCCAAGGGACAGGAAUGUGAAUACCCACCUUUAGAAGAUGGCUGCACUGCUGCAUGGAGGACAAGCAGUGAGGAAAAGCGGGUGUUGGACCAAGCCAGCGAGGAGAUGUGGAACGACUUCAGACAGGCAGCAGAAGCUCAUCGGCAGGUCAGGAGUUAUGUCAUGAGCUGGAUUAAACCGGGCAUGACCAUGAUUGAGAUCUGUGAGAAGCUGGAGGACUGCUCUAGGAAGUUAAUUAAAGAGAAUGGGCUGAAUGCUGGCCUGGCGUUCCCUACUGGCUGCUCCCUCAACCACUGUGCCGCACACUACACCCCCAAUGCUGGGGACCCCACAGUGCUCCAGUACGAUGAUGUCUGCAAGAUCGACUUUGGCACACACAUUAAUGGAAGAAUCAUUGACUGUGCCUUUACUGUCACCUUCAACCCAAAGUAUGAUAAACUGCUGGAAGCCGUUAAAGAUGCUACAAAUACUGGAAUUAAGUGUGCGGGAAUAGAUGUCCGCCUGUGUGACAUUGGGGAAUCCAUUCAAGAAGUCAUGGAGUCAUAUGAAGUAGAAUUAGAUGGAAAAACGUAUCAAGUGAAACCAAUCCGGAAUCUCAAUGGCCACUCAAUUGGACAAUAUCGAAUACAUGCAGGAAAGACUGUCCCCAUUGUGAAGGGUGGGGAAGCAACCAAAAUGGAGGAGGGAGAGGUGUAUGCCAUUGAAACCUUUGGAAGCACUGGGAAGGGCAUGGUGCAUGAUGAUAUGGAGUGCUCUCAUUACAUGAAAAACUUUGAAGUUGGACAUGUGCCAAUCAGACUCCCCCGGGCCAAGCACUUGCUGAAUGUCGUCAAUGAGAAUUUCGGCACACUGGCAUUUUGUCGCCGUUGGCUCGAUCGCCUGGGUGAAUCCAAGUACCUAAUGGCGCUGAAAAACCUCUGUGACCUGGGAAUCAUUGACCCAUACCCACCUUUGUGUGACACCAAAGGCUGCUACACUGCUCAGUUUGAGCACACCAUCCUACUGAGACCAACCUGCAAGGAGGUGGUCAGCCGCGGUGACGAUUACUAGAGCACAGUCUCGUCCACCUUGAUAGUUCACCAAUACGUUGAUGGGUUUUAAUAAGCUGGGUAAGGGGCUAAAUGCAUGGCAUUUGUGCCUGUUGAGUUUGAGCAUUCUGACAAUAUUGUAUUAAAAUUGGCGGGGUCAUAUUGGAAGUGUUCUAGAUGCUAAAUGGAUCUGAAAUGUAGGACAGACAGGCCUGUGCUCUUACUCCCCAUAUAUUAUUACUUUAAGUACCCUCAAAAUUAGCAAGCAUAAAAUUUUGAAAAGUUGGACUUUUCUUUGUGUAUAACAUGUUAGCUCUGGGAAAAUUGAGGUCAAUCUAUUAAAUUGCCAUGCAAAAAAGUAUUUAGAAAGGUUUUUGUUUGUUUGGUUUUCUUUGCUUAAUGCGUGGAACAGUUGUUUCCUCUACAGCUGUCAGUUGUGGCCACAUUUGAUUUAUUUCAUUCAGAGCAUGAAUGGAGUCAUGGUGCACACAUUUUGAUUGUUUUUAAUUCCUGGUUACAGGAAUAAGCCAUUAAAAUCUUAUAUAUAUAUAUAAAAUAUAAAAACCUUGAACAUGCAGUCAUGCUUUGUUGCCUUGCAGGUAAUAACGCUUUCCUUACUUGGAAAAGAGUAGGUGCUGCUGCACCUUGUACGUUUGACACUGAACUGUGUGUUGAGCUGAAUUCAGUCACGUUUCUCUGGAUAAAGCACAAUGUAGUCUUUUGUUUUGAAUUACGAAUAAAAUUUGUAAGAAAUUAUUACUUAAAACUAAUUAGAUGAACUUAUGUCUUGGUUUCUGGCAACAGCCCACAAAUAUAUAAGUAAUUAAAACCAUA